AUGAGUAAAUACCACAUCACUUUUCUAGAGCUUAGCGCCAACAAUGCCCCCGUGAAGGCGGAAAUUGAGCACAUCUUCAACCUGCUAGCAAAGUGGUGUGGCGACAAGCCGUGCGUGGACCUGGAAAUCUCAGAUGUCUACUCGCCUGCGGGCGACGCAGACCAGUGCAGCGAGCCCGACCACCGCUUCUCCCUCCUCAACCUCGUCAACAAGGGGAGCAGCCUACCGCCCCUCCCGUGCGUCAGGAGUUUCGUCAUCCGCCACGGCAGCAGCACACCGUGGCACCCAGCCGCCGUCGCGGCGCUCACCUCCAGGAUGACGCGCGCCGAGCGCGUCGAGUGGCAGCUCGGCUGGAACGAGGCCAGGCUGUGGGGCCGCUACUACGCGAUGGACCUCCAGUGGCGUGAGGCGCUCGUGCGCGCCGUCCUGGAGGAGGAGCCCAGCGAUGCCACCACCGCCAUCGCCGCGCCUUCAGUCACGGACUUUGGGUGCGCCGUCAUGUCUCCCCAAGCCGGGGAAAACGAGAGCCUCCCGGACCUGCUGCGCGCGAGCGGCGGCCGGGACCUGGUAGGGCAGGCGGUGCAGCGGCUCUCGCGGGGGUGCGAGAGGCUGGACUACGAGGGCCCCGUCCACGCCUCGUUCUUCGAUCCCGCGCAGGCGGCGCCGGGGGCGUGGGAGAGGCUGCGAGUGAUGAACAUCAAGCUCGACAUGCGGGGGCCACAUGGGAGGUGGUAUUUUGGGUUCGGGGGUGGUGCGCACGACAGCGACGGGCCCCUGGCCGAGAUAAGCAUCCAGAUGCCGCCGGGGUACGGCGCCACGGAACAGGAGCUGGAAGACGCGCUGGUGUUUUACGAGGACCACAUGGGCCAAGACCAAGACGACGACGACGGUGACGUGCGGCCGCCGCGGGACACACCAGCCGGCGCGGAACUGAACCCCCUCCUCGCCAGCUUCGCGCGCGCUUGUGCCCGUCUGCCGAGCCUGGAGGUGGCAUCGCUCGAGGCUGAGUACAGGAAUGACGAGAACUGGCCGUUUGUGUUGACGGUGGCGGCGCCGGGCAAGAUUCUGGGCGGCGACUGGGGCGAGAGAUUCGCCAGGGGAGAUGGGACGUGGCGGUGGUACCUUCAUGCCGAGGGGCAGUGGCGACCGGAUCGGGAGACGAUGGAGGUGUUGGAAAGUUUCGGCCGGGAUGCUGCGCACCGCGCUGGCACAGAUGAGACGGUCGUUGCCUUCUUGCCGUGGGGGACCUUCUAGGGAUCCAAGACCGAGAUUACUGGUUCGGUCGCUGUGUCGUCGUCGUCGUCGUGGUUGCCAGCGGCAACGUGAUGAUAUUCUCGGUGAAGAACACUAUAGUCUGCAGCACGCUGCACACAGGCAACAACUACCUAGUUGUAACGGGUCUUUCCGAACUUAUGAACUGCUUGGGUUUCAAGUCUUUGACUUGGAAUUUUGGUCUUUUAGCCGAGCGGUCUAUUUGCAAGCAGUGAUAGAAACCGUCUCAAUGGUCUUUAAAACACAUUAAAGGGUGUUAGAAGCAUAACUAUUAGAGAUCAACCUACUCUUACCUAUAUUUAUUUAAAUAAAUUAAAAUAAAAAGAGAGCUUCUUUAUACUUUAA